UUGUGGUUUUGUCAAGAAAUGUUACCGUAUAAGAUGAAGCGCCAAGGAAUGUCGCUGACCCUGUGUUUAUCUGAUUUUUUUGGCAUUUAAUGGUAUAUUUCAUGAAAGAUGCCUGGUAAACUGCGGGUGCGGAUCGUGGCAGCGAGAGAGCUGCCUGUAAUGGACAGAGCAAGUGACCUUGCUGAUGCUUUUGCAGAGGUGCGCUUUGGUCAAAGCACAUACAAAACAGAAGUCUACCCAAAAUCGCUGAACCCCCAGUGGAAUUCUGAAUGGUUCAAAUUUGAGGUUGAUGAUGAAGAGCUCCAGGAUGAACCAUUGCAAAUUCGGGUGAUGGAUCAUGACACUUACAGUGCACACGAUGCUAUAGGAAAGGUAUACAUCGACCUAAAUCCCUUACUUUGGAAGGACAGCGUCUCUGAUAUCGCGGGCUGGCUGCCCAUCUAUGAUACCAUGCAUGGUAUAAGAGGAGAGAUCUACAUCAUAGUCAAGGUGGAUCUAAUAGAGGAUGUCAACAGGUUCAGACAGUCAUCAGUCGGUGUCCAUUUCUUUAAUUCAAGUACAAUACCAUCAGGUUACAUUGUGACUGCAAUCCAUGGCUUUGUGGAGGAACUCGUAGUCAAUGAUGAUCCAGAACAUCAGUGGAUAGAUAUGAUUCGAUCACCAAGAGCCUCCAAUGAAGCUAGGCAGAGGCUCUUCUCAAAGCUUUCUGGUGAGCUUCAAAGAAAGAUUGGACUCAAAGUCUUGGAAUCAGAGGGAAAUGCCGUUCUUGGAUAUUGGCAGUGCUUUGACCUAGAAGGAGAGUCAGGGGUAGUUGUCAGAGGAAUAGGUACCAUGGCAACCAUACAAACAGCCAAACUACCCCCACCACCACCGACAAGCCCACCCAAAGAUGGCCCAAGAGAUGUUAAUCCCUUAGAUGACCAGAUGCAGACUGAUGGUCAACCUGGUUACGGUUCUCCAGCAGUGACCAUGAAUGUUGCCAAGCAAGCUGCACUGCCACCCUCGCCCACCAAGAACGUUCCAACUCCUAGAUAUGCCUCGGAUUCGGAUCUGACUGGUCAAGCUCAAUUGCCUAAGAUUGUAAUAGAUACUGAUGGUGUACCCACUCAAGGGAGCCACGGUACCGCAGGUAGCAGUGGGAGCGGGAGCGGACCUCAUCGGAUCGGUCUACCAAGGACAGUGCUGGCACAAAAUAACGUUGAUAUGCUGGAGUAUCCAUUCUUCACCAUGGUAUCUUUUCCACUUGGUUUCUUGGUUCACCUUGGUGGCAUGGUAUCUGCUAGGUCAGUCAAACUACUUGACAGGAUACACAAUCCAGAUGAACCUGAGACAAGAGACGCUUGGUGGAGAGAGCUUAGGACAGAGAUACGCUCUCAUGCUGUAGCUAUGGGAUGCCAUGCUGUAGUGGGAUAUAAAGAAACCACAAGUAUCUGUGAGGAGAUAUGUCUGCUUUCAGCCUCUGGGACGGCAGCCAUUGUUAACCUGGAGGCCGUUCAGCAAGCAGCCUUGAUGCAGCAAAAUAGUCCUAAUCUAACAAUGUCAUUGGAUAGAGCCGAAUUCCACAAAGAACAACAGGCAGCGACACCACCCAUUAUUGAAAGAACGGACAGUGGAAACCCAGUCCUGGACCAGUUGUCCUGUCGCUGUGCCAUGUGCCACAUUCCUUACAACGACUCAUCCCUUCCAUUCCCUGUACAACUUACAAAAUGUGCAAUAUGCAAACGCAGCAAGGUUCCUGAUGUGCUAUUCACCACCAUAGAGCCGCCAUCACAUCUUUUAUACACAGGGCAUGGCUGUAGUAUUCAAGCAAGAGUUUGUAGAAGUAAGAAAAAGACACAAGGAGAAGCAAAUGCAGCAUUGAUCAGUGAUGCCCUACCAUUCAUGGAAUACGAGCUCCACAGACAAAUGAUGAAUAAACUUAAGGUCAAAGGCAUGAACUGUCUUUUUGGAUUGAAGGUUCAAGUCACAGUAGGAGAGACAUUACUUGUUGGAACAGCGACUGCAACAGGUGUAUUCUUGUCUGCCCUUCCUCCACCUCCAGCUCUGAAAUUAUCGACACAGGGACCAAUAGGUUCAACCGAUAAACAUCUGCAGGCAUUCCAGGAAAGGCUUGAUAACAUUACAGCUAAAAACAAGGAGAUAUAUGGAUUACUGGAACAACAGGAAAGUGCAGUAGAAGUUGAUGGCCCACAGCAAAACCAACCUAAUGAAGAGUUGCUUGACCCUCAGUUGACCUCGGGUCAUAGAGAAACAUUUGUCAUUGAGAUUGACGACAUUGAAGACACCGAAUCCGUCAUUGAGCUCUUUGAUCAAGCAUUACCACAAGGGUUUCAUAGUUGCAGUACAGAAAUGUUCCCCGGUAAUUUUGAGCCAACACAACACAUACAGACGAUCACGAUGAUGAGGCGAGCCUUGCUGACCGACACUAGUGGAACAACUAAGGUUGUGACAGGAUUAAUACAGGGCAUGAUACAGGGAAUCUGUUUCAAGCUUCGGAAGCUUACACCAUGUUGUCUGAGUAAAAUGGACAUCGAGUUUGCUUUGCAUGAAGAUGAAAUCAUUCAGAUCUGGUUGACAGCAGCAGUUGUAGGCAUGAAGCCGAUUGUUCCUGCUGCUAUCGCCCCUCAAAAAGGCCCCGUAAAGCCAUCUGCUGAUUCUGAAAUGAUGUUUUCAAUGGAAGAAGUCUCUGAGACUACAGCCUCAUCCACAUUGACAAAAGCUGGAGCAUCAUCUGGAGCUGAACCAAUGCAGCUGGAGAGAAGAAUUCAUCUCGCGAGUAACAAGCCAUGGCGACCAGAAGUUUUGAUCACUCCUUUGGCGAUUAUCCCCGGUGCAAUCAUCGAUCGUUACCUUGGCAACUUGAAUGUUUUCUUCAUCAGGGAAACAACUUCAGUGAGAGAAUCUGGCGGGGUGAGUGGUUUCAUGCGUAGUUUCAUCGCUGAAGUGAAAGCCAUUGUGAGACGUCACGUUGCCGCUUUAGGAGGGAAUGCCCUUGUAGCUUACGCUCUCAUUGAUUGCAUCAUGGAGGAGAGUCCUCAUAAAAACCAAUGCCAAUGCCUGAUCCACGUGUGUGGAGAUGCCGUUCACAUCCAGUAUGAAGAUUCAUCGAUGAAUCUUGACGGAAGCAGCGGAAAGAACUCGCCUCAUAUUGCCACGGCUGCACCUGCCACCCGUAGCUGAAACAAAUCUAUGGUAUCACCAAUGACAAGUUAAUUGCUUGUAGACGAGAAUAGAAAAAGCAGGUAUGCUAGUGCUGUUAUCGAUAACCUCCUCAUUGCUAGUCUUGUCAAUAAUGGCAUGUUUUUUUACACUUAGCGAUAUCGAAUAUGUGUAAUGUUCUAAGUAACCAUGUACAUGAGCAUUGAAUUGUGUAUGCUUCACCUACAUGUAUGAGCAUGUUUGAAAUAGAGUGCUUAAUGUUUGUUUAGGCCUACAUAUGCUAUCAUGCUAUAGGAAAGGUUUAUGGUAAAUAUCCGUGGGAGUUAUGGUAGAAUGUGAUGGGGAAAUUACACUUGAAAUGAAAAUAGGGUUGAGUGAGAAAAUAUGAUUUUUUUUUAAUUGAAAAUUCAUAAUUUGGGCAAAGCAGAAUACUAAUUUGCUCUUGUGAUGGUUUGCUGGUGGGUGUUUCAUAAAGCUGUUCUUAAGAUACGAAUGACUUUACGCACAACUGGUGAUCCUUUCUUGUGCUACAUGUAUGUGAUAUCCCUGUGUAAUGAGUUAUGACCUAAGAAUAUGUUCCAGUCGUGCCUAAAGUUGCUCGUAACCUUACGAACAGCUUUAUGAAACACCCACCAGGUCUGUUUAAGGUGCUCAUAAGUUGUAAUGAUCAUUAAUAUUAAACAGAGAGUAACUGUUACUGAGCCUUACUGGGGUAUUUUGCACUUGGAGGAAAGUCAACAAGGUGUGAACCAUCUGAAACAUCUGGUUCAAAUAUUGCAUCGUUUUUGUUUUUUUCCUUUUAGUUUCAAACCAAUAGUACCAACCUUUAUAUCUAAUGCACACAACCAUUAUUAUACCAAAAAAUUAGAAUGAUAAUGAUGAUAAUUGGCUUAUUUUAAAUCUUGAUGUUCACUUCCAGUAGGCUUGCUAACAUUCAUCUUUCGAUCAUAUAGUGGUAUAUGUUCUCUGAUUGAAACAUUGAGAGGCUCUGUAGGUCUUGGUCAUAUGUGGUAUUCAUCUCCAACUUCUCGUGUACGUAUUUAUGGGCUUCCCAUCCGAUGGAAACUGAAACAAACCAAAUGAAAGAUUGGUGGAAUGACUCAAGACAUCAAUAAACCCAUAUUAUUACUUAUAUGGAUUAAAUAGAUGAUGACAUCAUAGUCUCCCUUUAAAUGGCUUGACUUUGAUUGAGCAAAAGCCUACAACCAUACCAUGCUGAAUAUACCGGUUCUCAAGUACAUGACCCCGGGGUCUAGUGAGCGCGAUCACUAGUGAUUCUGUGAUGGUUCUGAAUGCUGCCAUCUACCAGCAAAAAGGUGAAAACGUCGUCUGCUUGCGUCGUGAUGUGCAUAAUUUGAUGGACCCACAAACAAUUCUACACCAGCAAACACAUCCAAG